AAUUAACAUAUAAUUGACGCGGCCCACUCGUAGUAGUGGUGGUGGGGGGUGCCGAGCGGGUGUGUGACCGCGGCGCCAUUUUGUCGCAGGGUGGCUCGAAGCGCUGCCGCCGCCGCCGCCGCCGCUGCCGCUGGCGCUCUGCCCCGUCUCCUCUCGCUCUCUCAACUCGCUCCACUCCUCCUCCUCGACUCGUCGGUCCGUCGCCUUCGAACCCUUUCUUUUGAAGCGUUCCCAACCCUCGCAAAUCUUUAAGGCUUUUCUAACCCCCUCUAUCAACCCACAACCCCCCACCCCCCUUCACCCAGCCACCCGCCCUUUGCCGAUCGUCAGUCGCGCUCGCAGCCUGCGUCUUUGACAUCGCCGCGUCGUCUUCUUCGUCGUCUUCGUCCUUCUUCGUCGUCUUUCUUCUUCGCCGCUCGCUCGCUCGGCUGUGCUCGGCUCCGUCGGCGGUUCACGCGGGGGGCCCACGGGGAGGAGGGCCGCUAGUCCCGGGCGGGGUUUGCGUCCGUAGAUUUUGGAGCAGGCCUCGUCGGUUCCCGCUCUUGUUGGCGACGUUCCCUUAGUUUAGUAGUUGUCUCUUUAACACACACCACACAUACAUACAUACACACUCAUCCCGCUUUCUACCUUUGUUUCCUUUAUUUACUCGUUUUGUUCGUAGUUGUGUUUGUUGUUCAACUGUUGUCGGUGGUUUCCGUAGUAUCGGCUUUGCCGUCGUUUUAAUUGGUGCCGUAGUGGUUGGCUCGCUGCUGCUGUUGCUGCUGUGUUGUUGGUGGUUGUUGGUGGUUGUUGUUGUGGUCGUCGUCGUUUCUCGAUUCGAGACGGGGCCCGGCUUGUUCGCUGUUGUCGCGGCAGCAGCGCCCCGUUUGUUUGCUCGUAAUUGUUAUCGUUGCCAUCGUCAUUGUUCCGAUCGGUCGUGUCGCCGUGCCCCCAACUCUGCUCGAUCUCCGUCCGUCGUUUUGUCCUCGCCGCCGCUCGGUUUUCUUGUUCUCCGCCGGCGCGGGUUUCGCUCUUUCCCCUUCCGUCGUCGGUCGCUCGCUCGGUCGCCACCACCACAACCGCCGCCACGAUGGCCGGCAACUUCGACGCGCACGACCGCGAUAGUUGGUACUUCGGGCCGCUGAGCCGCGUGGAGACUCAGCGACGUCUCCAGGGCCAGCGGCACGGCACCUUCGUGGUGCGCGACUCGACCACGUGCCCGGGCGACUACGUGCUCUCGGUGAGCGAGAACUCCAAGGUGUCCCACUACAUCGUCAACAACCUCGCCGACCGCUUCAAGAUCGGCGACCAGGAGUUCCGCGACCUGCCCGCUCUGCUCGAGUUCUACCGCAUUCACUAUUUGGACACCACCACGCUCAUCGAGCCCGCGGUGAAGGCCACGGGGGGUCAGGGGCAGCAGGUGCCCGCGACGCCCGCGGCUGCGGCCACGGCUCGUCACCACCUCGACUACCAACUUCAGGGCCAGUCGCCUUCGCCGCCAGCCUCGAAGAAACAUCAGCAGGGUGGUGGCGGCGGCGGCGGCAGCGGCGGCGGCGGCGUUGACGAGAGCGUGGAGUUUGUGCGAGCCCUCUUCGACUUCCCCGGCAACGACGAGGAGGAUCUGCCCUUCAAGCGCGGCGAGAUCCUCACCAUCGUCGCUAAGCCCGAGGAGCAGUGGUGGAGCGCCCGCAACAAGGAGGGUCGCACGGGAAUGGUGCCCGUGCCCUACGUGGAGAAGGCAUCGCGGCCGCUUUCUUACGCCGCCUCGUCCAUGGCACCGGGCAACCGCAACAGCUACGGCUCUGGCCAGGGCGGUGACCAGGGGCCCUACGCGCACCCCCUGGCCAUCGGGCAGCAGCUUCCCAACCUGCAGAACGGGCCCGUCCUCGCCACCGUUAUCCAGAAGCGAGUGCCCAACGCCUACGACAAGACGGCGCUCGCGCUAGAUAUUGGUGAGGUGGUCACGGUGACGAAGAUGCACGUCAAUGGGCAGUGGGAAGGGGAGGUGAAUGGCCGAAGGGGCCACUUUCCCUUCACGCACGUGCGGAUCAUAGACCAGGCCAACCCGGAGAACUCCUGAUGGAUGCGACCCUUGCCGUCCUGGCCGUUAUUGUGUUCUUUCAGCCAGACUCUAAAACUGUGACUUUCAAUGGAUAUUUUUUUGUUUCUAAUGAAACUUAAAGGCAAGCACGAAAACACGUGGACCUAGUCAGAUGUCAUCUUUGGUUGAAUGUCUUUUUGCCGUGAAACCGUCGAGACCGUCCCACGUCGAUGGGUGAUGGACACCCAUGAUGCGUUCGUGUGCCCUCGGGCAGUGGGACUCGCCGGGUAAAGGACUGCAUUGGAAGAAGGAAGAUGCGUUCAGAGUGCAGAACUUGUGUCCGUAGGGCUAAACAUUUCUCUUGCUGUAACUGCCAUUUGUAAUAAUGUGGAGAGAUUUAAUGGUUCUUAAUUAUCAUUAUUAACGACAAUCUUUUAGUUUUCUACAACAAUUCCAUUUGUUCUAAGCUUUAUAAACCAAAAUUACAGUCUUUGCAAGGUGAACUUUUUUUGUAUAACUGAUUUCUUUGGGUUUCAUAAUUAUUAAUACUGUAUCUUAUUGGCAGUUUUUAACUUUUUAUACCUCUGGUCAAAAUGUAUUUUUUAAGUGAUGACUUAACUUGAAAGCUGACUCGUUGGUAUCCUUGAGUUUUUUUCCUUGCAUUCAGUAACAACUGCAAUGCGCGCAUAUGUGCAUUAAAUCAUGCCAACAGUACUGCCGCGAAUUUUUAGUGCCAGUGUGGCUGCACUGUCGUGCAUUCUCCACCGCUCGCAUGUACUCUCCAGGGGUAUGCGUGACAGCUUGUCUGUUACCACAUUGCCAGCACACAAGCAGAUAUUUGAGCAGGUUAAUUGGAGUGCUUUCUGUGCCUUUAACUUAUUGCUGUAAAUGCAGGCUUUUCUUCUGCAUUGCUGUUGAUCGGGAAGACUGAUGAACAUUUUGACUGUCUGCAGCAUCCGAUGUGACCCUUUCGGCGGCGUAUGGUACUCAUUGUUGGUCUGUUCGUUUCAUGUUCGUACUGACCCUGUCAGACUAGACCAAAUAGACAUAGGGGGCACAAAGAUCGUUUGACCAUAAGAUUCUGCGGCACAUGUCGCUUGCGCCACUCUAACAUCGACUGUGUGCAUAUCAUCCGGCUGUUUAAAGGGAACCGUCUCAGUGCUGUACCGGACCAGGUUUUUCUUUGCGAGCUGGUUGUGAGGUGUAGCUGUCCUCUGGUAGUGCUUGUGUUUGAAUGGUGGACAAGAGCCUUACAAAGCGCCAUUUGCUUGUAUGCCAAAUCAGGUCUCUUAACUGUUAUGUACAUUGUGGUAGAUCAUGGUUAUUAAUGGUACAUUGUGUACAUGAGUAAUAUAAAUGCAUUCACGAGCUGCUUUUAUAAUUGGGGGCACUAAAAAGUGAAGAAAAUAAAUGCAAAAUAAACUGGCACGUCCCAAGUUUUAUAAGUUGUUUUAUAAAACGCGUAGGAUUUAAGUCCAUUAACAGUGACCAAAUGCGGACCAAGGUGGUGGCUUCCUCAAAACAACUCUGAUGGCACUUUAAUAUGUUGGUGUUGCUUUCUGCGCACCAUCUUGGCAUGCUUGGGUACAUCAGGUGUGCUCUACAAACCCGGUUUGACCUUUUGCAAGCAGUGCCAAUGAAUGAGAUGCUGAAUUGCUGUGGUCAUUUUGACGAAUGCAGGAGGAAAGAAGUGAGCCUGAGCAUCCAGAUAAUUUUUUAAUGCCCCGAGGCAACGAUUCACGCUUGGCCUCGCAUGUUGUUGGGUAUGUUGUAUGAAAUUGUACCGUAAAGAAAUGUAUUUUCAAAGCAGCAUGUAACAUGCAUUGUUCAUUUGUACGCAAUGAGCUAUGAGUAAAUGGUUGAAAACUAAAUGUUUACUCCUUGCUUUGUGAACGGCCUGAAAAGAAAACCGUUUGUGAAUUAUAUUUUGUAGUGCACUAUAUGGGUUACUGGGACAGGAUGAAGCAGGUUGAGGAAGCCAACUUACUGAUAUCAGUUCUUUGAGGUUUCAAGUCUCUUAUGUUCAAAUAGGUGAUGUUAAAUGAAAAAAAUGUAUACAAACAACUUGUGCUGUUUGCGAACUGGUUCAAAUAUUUCCUUAAUAUUUUAAGAAGUCAAUGCAUAUAGAGUACGUUAAAUAAGUUGUCAAUAAGCUUCACGUGGUUGAUUAUAAGCAUUUAGUUAUAAUCCAGGGGAAUGCAGUACUGUAAAAAAUUAACACAUUUCAUAAUACCGGUUUGUAGCUGUUGACGAGAUCCAGUGUCUCAGAAAAUGUUACUUCAACCACCACACCGCGGGUCUAAACUUUUUAAUUCCCCCCCCCACCUAGUACUAUUUUGCUUUGCAAUUCCUUCCCAUAAAUUUUGUUCCAAAGUUCUUGUAAUAUUGCUCCAUUUUAAGAAACGUGAACUGUCUGAUACCUUCAAAUGUGUUUAUAUAUGGCAGUUUGGUGCUUUGGGCCUGUGCUCAGCAACUGUGACAAUAAAUUCUGAUCUGAA